CCCACUUCCUAAGUCAAACAUCCCCUCAAAAUCAAACCGUUCAUGGAGAAAUUAAGAAGAAUUAUAAACCAAAUUGCAUACACACAAACUCACAAACUUACUACUCUUUCUCCAAUUCACCUAUCUCUAAUCCCUCUCCUUUUCUUAUCUUCAAAACUAUACAAACUCACUCUCUUUUUUCGUCACUAUCUCUACAAAUUUCAUUUCCUUCCCAAACACAAGUUACCUGUGCCGGUGAUUAGUGUUGGCAACUUGACUUGGGGUGGUAAUGGGAAGACUCCGAUGGUUGACUUUAUUGCUAAUUGGUUUGUUAAUGAUCUUGGGGUUUCACCACUUAUUCUUGCUAGGGGCUAUGGCGGUGCUGAUGAAGCUAGAAUGCUUCAAAGGCAUUAUAGUGGGUCAUCUGUGAAGAUUGGUGUGGGUGCAGACCGAGCAGCUACUGGUGCUUCUUUUUUGCACAGACAUGGUUAUAUUUAUCCUCUUGAUAUCAAAAGUUUUGAGAAACCAAUAGCUGAAAACAGAGUUGUUUCUGAUAAAAUUGGAGUUGCAAUUCUUGAUGAUGGAAUGCAGCAUAUAUGCAUGCAACGUGAUCUUGAAAUUGUGAUGGUGAACGCUUUGUCUCCAUGGGGUAAUUCCCAAUUACUACCCUUUGGACCUUUACGGGAACCUUUGACUUCAUUUUCUUGUGCUGAUGCUGCUGUAAUCCAUCAUGCCGACAUGGUAUCGGAUCAGAGCGUUUUUGUUAUUGAAUCUACAAUUCUUGAAGUGAAUCCGUCUCUUCCCAUAUAUUUAUCUUCAAUGGCUCCCUCACACUUCUUUAUGGCACCACAUGUCUCAAGCAAAUUGCCUUUAGAAGUUGUGCUUGAAAAGAUUGUUUUAUGUGUUUCUGCUAUUGGUUCUCCUAAUUCAUUUGUGCAGCGGAUUGAAAAGAUGAGCCCGUUAUACAUUGACCGGUUAGACUAUAGCGACCAUCACCACUUUCAACACAAGGACAUCAGAAUGAUCAAAGCGAGACUUAACGAUCUCAAGAACAAGUUUGGCUCCAAACCCAUCAUUGUUGUGACAGAAAAGGACUAUGAUCGAGAUAGUGAGGUUCUUAAAGGGUUGGAUCCUUUUGAAGUUUUGGUGCUAUGUUGUAAACUGCAGAUUUUACAUCACAAUGGUUACUCAGAGGAUAGCUUCAAGAGGUUGCUUAUUCGGUGCUUGUGUUGAUACAGGCAAACUUGUUAAUUGGUAUGUCUAAACCACAGUUAUUAUAUCAAUCUAAUCUUAAUGUUGGGACUGUGUAAUGAGAAUUAUAAUGAAUUGGAGGGUUGCAUCAAAAUUAUCAAG